CCAACUUGCAACGGCGAUCGGGCUGUGAGUCGCUGGGCACACGGUGAUACUGAGGGCCAUGUUAUAAACACCUGAGGUGAGCCUUCAUCUGCGGUGGCCUGGCGAUCACACCAACUCGCCACCGCCAGUGUGAGGGGAUGUAGGCUGUCGACAGCAUGAGACCUAGCCUUUUCUUCAAACUCGGAUUCCUCUGGAGCAUUCCAGGCUUCGCCGUUGCUGCUGGUGCUCAGCAGCAGGUUGUCGAGCCACUUCCUGAGACGCAUCCCGUCCGCUCUGAUGACCGGAUUGUGUCGGAGAAGAGCCCUUCGCGGACGAGAGAUCUGGAUCCAAGGACCGCAGCGAGGGCAGCCAUCGCCGCCAUGAACGACAGAUUCUUUGCACCCUCCCAGAACAUCUGGUCACCAGGUGACCCAUGGUGGGUCAGUGGCGUCGCCCUGACCGGCAUCAUCGACUACAUGCGCAAGAGCAACUCAAGCGAGUAUCUGGAUCAGGUUGAGAAGAUCAUCCAUGCGCAACGGGUAGUUCUUUCCUGGUGGCCCCGGGGCCUCGGCGAGUUCCGGGCAGACUCGACCGAUGACACGGGCUGGUGGGCGCUGGCCAUGAUCGGCAUGUACGAUCUGACGGGCAACAGCACGUAUCUCGGCAUCGCGAUCGAGGACGAGGUCUACAUGUACGGGUACUGGUCCGACAACCCGUGCGGCGGCGGCUUGUACGUCGACAUCCCGAAGCUGACCUACAAGAACGCCAUCGCCAACGAGCUGUACAUCAAGCUCGCCGCGUCCCUCCACAACCGCAUCGACGGCGAUACCGUGUACCUCCCCAGAGCGGAGAAGGCGUGGUCCUGGUUCCAAGGCUCCGGCAUGAUCGGCAACGGCAGUAAUCUCAUAAACGACGGCCUCACCUCGCGAAGUGACGGCACUUGCUUCAACAACCAGCUGCCCGUCUGGACCUACAAUCAAGGCGUCAUCCUCGGCGCGCUAGUCGAGCUAUACCAAGCAACAAAAAACGACACCUACCUGUCCACCGCGCAAUUCAUAGCCGACGCAGUCCUCGCCGCCGACACCACCCUCGUACGAGACGGUGUCCUCACCGAGGCCGGCUGCUCCUCCUCCUCCUCCUCCUCCUCCUCCGAUGAGAGCCAGUGCAACAGCGACCAGCAAGCCUUCAAGGGCAUCUUCGCGGGCAACCUGGCCGAGCUAGACGCGGCGCUUCCCCAGCCGGACGAUGACGGCAGGGAGGGCAGCAACCACCGCCGGCCGUACAAGCCCUUCCUGCAGCUGAACGCGCAGAGCGUGUACGGACGGGACCGCAGGGUGGUGGAGAGCCCGGAUGGGGAAUUGGAUCUGUACGAUGUCAGCUGGGCGGGCCCGUUUCGGAACUCGACCGUCGCCAAGCAGGCGAGUGCGCUUUGGUUGUUGGUGGCCGUCAUGCGAUGAGCGAACUGCGGGUUGGAGGGCGGGAGUGGCGUAUCGGAGCUCAAUGGAUCCUCUCUAGGGAUGUAAUGGAGAGGAUUCGUGGCUUUUUCUUUUUCUGAGGGAGGACUCGAUGCGAUAGUCUGGAGACUUCUGUCAGAGGAUCUACCAGGUGAACUAAUCUUGUUUAGCUACGCUUGCAAGUAACACGACUUUUUGAUUCGACAGUGCCGUCACCGUGACACACAAAAGCCGACUGGCACCUAU